AUGAAUAAUCACAACCAUAACAAUCAUUACAGCAGUAAUUCUAAAAACAGAACAGAGGAGAAAGGAAAAAGAAAAAGACACAGCAAUUCUAGAAAUGGAGCUUCCCCCAGCAGUUUCGAUUGGACCACCAUUUAUACAUAUGAGGACGAUGCCCUAAUCAACAAGAAACUUCCAAAGGAGUUAUUAUUACGAAUAUUCUCAUUCUUGGAUGUGGUCUCAUUAUGCCGAUGUGCUCAGGUGUCUAAGUACUGGAAUAUACUUGCUUUAGAUGGCAGCAACUGGCAGAGAGUUGAUCUUUUUGAUUUCCAAACAGAUAUUGAGGGACCUGUAGUGGAGUACAUGUCGCAGAGAUGUGGCGGGUUUCUCAAGGCUUUAAGUUUGAAAGGUUGUCAGUGUAUAACAGACAGAGCUUUACAGAUAUUUGCCCAGCAGUGUAGGAACAUAGAGUGUCUGUGUUUGAGUAAAUGUAAUGAGAUUUCUGAUUUAACCUGUGACAGUUUAGGAAAAUACAGCAGUAAAUUACGAAAACUAGACUUGUCAUCUUGUCCAAAGAUCACAGAUCUCUCGCUCAAAUUUCUCAGUAACACAGCCGAAGGACACGGAUGUCCACACCUGUCUUACCUAGAUGUUUCCUGGUGUAAGAACAUUACCGAUGAAGGUGUUAUAGCUCUUGCUGAGGGCUGUCCAAAGAUGAACACAUUUUUUUGUAGAGGCUGUACACAGAUUAGCAAUGAAGGUAUAGAGAAGCUAGCGACAGCUGUGGAGCAUUUAAUGAAACUCAACAUACAACACUGUGUGAACAUUACAGAUGAAGCUAUUGAAACAAUCGGUCAAAGGUGCCCACAUCUGUCCUUGCUGUGUGCAUCCAUGUGCACUCGCCUUACCGAUGCCAGCCUUGUAGCAUUAGGUCAUGGAUGCCCAGAACUGAAAACAUUAGAAGUUUCCGGUUGUGCUGCUCUAACUGACAGUGGCUUUCAAGCACUCACAAGGAACUGUCAUGAUUUAGAGAAGAUGGAUCUUGAAGAUUGUAUACAGAUCACUGAUGCAACACUAGGACAUAUUGCAGCAAACUGUCAUAAUUUGAAUGCCCUGUCCCUGUCACAUUGUGAGCUGAUCACAGAUGAAGGGAUACGCCAGAUUGGCUCCAGCUUGUGUGCCGCCGAGCAUCUGCAGAUUUUAGAGCUGGACAACUGCCCACUUAUCACCGAUGCUGCCUUGGAACAUCUGAUGGCCUGUCAGUCCCUGCAGAGGAUUGAAAUAUAUGAUUGUCAGCUGAUCACCAGAGCUGGCAUACGGAAGUUGAAGAGCCAGCUGCCAGACAUUUUAGUCCAUGCUUACUUUGCAACUGUGACUCCACCGCCUUCAGUGGGGGGUGGUCGGCAGAGGUUCUGCAAGUGUUGUAUUAUUUUAUAG